AUGUAACAAUAAAAGAAUAUUAGAUCAAAAUCAAAACAACAGCAAGAUCAUAGCUCAUUCCGUUAUCAAUUAUUAGAUCAAACCAAUUAUAAACACCCAGAUGACUGUUGUGCAAUAUCUAUUAACCCAAAUAAUAACCUCAUGAUUUGUUCUGCCUAUGAAAGCAUUAAAGUCCUUUACUUUAAAACAGGGUCUCUGAAAUACCUGUAAUAAAUUAAUAAGCAUCAUGAGAAUAUCACAACACUUAACUUCUUUCACAGAAAAAUGAAUUUCGUUUCCAGUUCAUGUGACACUUCAAUUAUUAUUUGGUCAUCAUCUCUCAUAUCAAGUCCUAAAUAUAUAACAAAAUUGAAUGGGCAUUCUGAUUAAAUAAAUAGUGUAGUAGUUGCACAUAAUCAUUAAGAUGAUCUCAUCAUUAGCGGGUCAUUUGACUAAACAAUCAAAUUUUGGUCGCCUACCUGCUCCUUGCCUUCCUCUUGGUCGUGCAUAUAGACCAUCCAUGAACAUACUUCUUUAAUUUAUGGAUUGUCAAUUAAUGAAGAUGGAAAUAAAUUAUUGUCUUGUGGUUAUGAUAAAUUAAUCUUAGUGAUUGAAAAUUCUAACAACAGCAUUUGGGAAGUCAAAUAGAAAAUUAAGGUUGAUAUAGGACUCCGUUUGGCUUUCAUAACUAAUAAUAUCUUUGUAUUUUAACCCUAUUAAGGAGAGUAUCUACACUUUUACACUUAUGAUUAGCUAUCAUAAUAAUAUAUUUAAUCGAAAUCAUUAUCAAUUAAAGGAAGUGGACAACAGUGUUAAUAAUAUUUUCCAUAAAUGUUUAUUCCAUCUAAAAACAUUCUUGUUUCUAAAAAUGGUCAAGCAAUCAAUUUUAUAAAGUUCCACUUUCACUCAAGUGGUGAUUGGGAAUGCAUUCUAAAAUAUGUAAUAUCUUUCGAUAAAUGUAUUAAUGGACUGAUCUUUGGUACUAUGAGUGAGAAUGGAGAAUUUUUAGUAACCUGGGAUUAACAGUCUGAUUAGAUUUAAAUUCGAUAAUUCUAAUGUAUAUAAUGA